AUGAUCAUCCUCUGCAUCUGCUUCACAUGUUGCAUGCAGUUGAAAAGGGAAGCCACUCGCAAGAUCAUUUCCAGAGGCGCGUCAAGUUCAAGUGCGUCUGUCCUGCUUGGCGACGUCUCGGCGAUAGCAAAUUUUGUGUCAUCAAAUGUCCUACCGGAGUACUGUCCACAGAAGAAGGAGGUCUUAUGCAAGGCUGCAGGUAAUCUUUGUGCAAGUAUCAAAGACGCGCUCGCCAAGUUCAUGCGUGAAGUCUCUGGACUUGAAGGCUGCAGCGGAGAAGCCGGCAAAAAUAGCACUGAACUUGCAGUGAGAGAAGAUAACAAUGUGGAGAAUGAUGGUGACGAAAUGGAUGUCGACACGCUCCUAGAUGAUACUUCAGAGCUGGCAACUAAGGACAUGGAAGACACGUCGGUCGACGAGCAUGAAGAUGGAAGUUCCGGGGAGGGCGAGGAAGGUGUUUCGAGCAGUGCGGACUCUGAAGAUGAUCCUGACUGGGAAGGUUACAGAGCCACGCGGAGUCGUUCUCGACAAAACAGCUUGACACGGAAUAGCAGCAAUAGCAAAGAGCCUGGAGAUGGAAAAAAUAAACCUAGAGAUGUAACGACCACCGGUUCAGGAAAUGAUGAUUCCAAUAUUCCAGAUGGAAACAAUGAUGGAGUGAACCAAUGCAGCGAAGAACAUGAAAAUGUCGCAAAACCAACAUCGCCAAAUGUUGAUGAGGAUGUGAUGGUACCAACUUUGAUUGUGUCACAGGCAACGGAAGAACCUGGAGAUGUAACAACCAAUGUUUCCGGAAAUGGUUCAGAUAUUCCAGAGGGAGAUCAAGGCAUAGUGAACCGGUGCAGUGAAGAAGAACAUGUAAACGUCGCAAAACAAAAUCCAUCCAGCGGUCAUGUGGAUGUGGUGAUACCAACUUCAGCUGUGUCACUGCCAAGUACUCCUAGCACACAACAGAAAAACACUGAAAAGGAGUGUUCCGUUGAGGAUAUGAUGGCGAUCCAGCCUUCCAGCAUGCUGUUGGGCGGAUCAUCUAUGAUGGCGUUGGAUGAUAAUGUGACCCCCUCAAAGGAAGACAAGAACAUGGACAUGACUCCUGCUAUCAACUUUGUUGAAGGCACUCCUGUUGUUGAUUUGAGUACCCCGGAAAGUUCAGACAGCGAGUGUAAGGUCGUAAGGACCGUAAGAAAACGUUCUCCUGUCAAUGGCCCUAAAACGCCCUCAUGA